AUGUCUUUGAAAACCACAGUAUUGGGUGUUGUUCCGUGGGUGACCAUCGCGGUUGCCGCUGGCUCAGGAACUCUCCUUGACCCUGUACAGCCGGUGCUCCUCCCAGACGCUGCAUUGGCGAAGAACCCUCUUGGUCACCUGGGUGCCAAUGGGCCUUGGAGUGCAGGUCCCAGUGUGUUUGGCAUCUCGGAUGAUGUUCCAGAUAACUGUUACGUGGACCAAGCGGCGUACGUAUCACGACAUGGUUCUCGCUAUCCAGACAGUGGCGCUUACUCUGGCUGGGUAAAGAUGGCAAAGCUGUUUAAGGAGAGCAACUACACAGCUACAGGGCCAUUGUCUUUCUUUCAUACAUGGGAGACCCCUCUGACGAAUCCGAGUAUCCAGAUUGCCCAGGUGAGCAAAACUGGAUAUAAGGAGCUCUUUGACAUGGGAUAUACUCUGAGAAUGAGAUAUCCAGAUCUGUACCAAGAAGGCGAACCCUUCUACGUCUGGGCCAACAACUACACCCGCGUUCUCCAAACAGCACAGCUUUUCUUGCACGGGUACCUAGGCACCAACUCGUCACUAGGAACAGUGGUUUCCGUGACGGGGAAGAACAUGCCUGCUCACCUUGGAGACACUUUGGCGCCGUCCGACAUGUGCCCUUCUUUUGUCGACGACAGCGACAAGCAACAGACCGCUUGGCGAGGGCACUGGCUACCUGCGUUCAAAGCCCGCCUCUCCCAGUAUAUUGAAGGUACCCUCGAGCUGGACGAUUCAACUUGGGCGGACUUUCCUUAUGUCUGCGGCUUUGAGUCGCAAAUCACAGGAAGACUAUCGCCAUUCUGCGAUACGUUCACACAAGAAGAGCUCUCGCAAUACGAGUAUCAGCAAGAUCUACGAUACUAUUAUGGCGUAGGGCCCGCUGCGAACGUUGCGUCUAAAAUGUUGGUCCCCUUUCUGGAUGCCCUCAUUCAACGUUUCACCUUCGGUCCAGAUGCAGAGGGCACGGGCUUUGAUGGUAAAGCGUUCACGGUGCCCAAGCUUCUGAUGAGCUUCCUCAACGACGGACAGCUGAAUGAGCUGGCUGUGGCGACAGGUGUGUUUGAUGAGCAGAAAUCACUGCCUCUUGAUCGCAUUCCGAAGGACCGUCUGUGGAGAAGUUCCUAUAUCUCUCCAAUGAGAGGCACGAUUGCAUUCGAGCGUCUGAACUGCAGUGGCAAACCAUCCUCGCCCAAUCCCACCACACCAACCCCGACCGCCUCUUGCAGACCAAAGUCGGCGCAUGCUGCCAGACUACAUCAACGCAACAGCGCUGCAAACGAGACAUAUGUUCGUAUUAGGAUCAACGACGCCGUCUACCCAGUGCCCUCUUGUCAAGAUGGACCUGGAAAGUCUUGCAAAGUGUCCAGUUAUGCCAAGUACCUCGCCGCGAAACUUGAAGCGAACGGUGACUUUGCUUCUAUUUGCAAUGCAACUGACCCUGCCACGCCUUCAAAAGUCCUUGGCGCAUCAUUCUUCACCAAUCUCGCACAGUCCCACCUAUCCCCUGUGGAACCAUAG